UUCGUGUCAUGCCAGCUCUGGUUUCAUUCCUUCUAGAUGGGGAAAAAUGAAGACUUUCAAGAGAUUAAUUCUUUUAUAAUGCGUCAGACGUUGCUUAUGGAAUUUUCGCAUUGACGUCGUGGGUGGAGGAGGGUCAUACAGGUUAUUGGAACGCAGUCGCCACCUUAACGCUUCUCUGUCCAAAUUUAGAUAUCGUCGUCAUUGUUACCUUGAGUCGGCGUGAGGAAAGACCCGUAUGUAGGCGAAAUACUCUUUAAAGAAGGGGAUGAACGUUUGGAACUUGAGAAAAACACGAGAAGUUCCUACCACGUGAUACCUAAACGAUCCGAUCUUGGGGAAUUUCCCGGUGUUGGUAUGGAAUUACUUUUGCUCACCUUUAAGCACAUUAUCCUUAAGGACAAAGUGCGAUACGUAAAGAAAAUUCCUGCAAAUAUAAUUUUAUCAUUAUUCACUGAGGGAUAAAAUCAAUUUUGACACUUUAGAUUUUAUCUUUUACGCGCCCCACCCAACUGGAAAUAUGUAAACGUUUUUAUUUCUCUCUCCUGCGCUUUGAUGAAGAUUAACAUCCUUCUCCUAAAUUAAAUAACUUAAUUGUAUACAUAUAUAUGUAUAUAUUAACUAAAGCAAAAUAAUAAUAAUAAUUAAUUAACGUAAGAAAAAUACUUUUCUCCUUAACGCAUCGUUUAAAUAUCUAUAAAAUUAACACGGGGACGUCAAUCUCGAGAGUCAGAAGUCGUAAAUUAUUAAUUCUAUUAAUGAACCUAACGAGCGUUUUGGCGUAGUAAUUGUAAAAACCCAGCGUGGUAUCCACCCAAAGUGAGAAAAACAGGGCGUUAAUAGGCGAGAAGAUGUUAUACUCUGCACAUCAAUUUAGUAAAAGUUAGCGGGGAAACAAAAAGGAAGUUUACAGGUAUAGUCGUGGCCUAGAUUGUUAUAGACCUUGGGAAAGGAACUGGUCUCAUUUUUGAUGAAAGGGAAGACACUAUUGCUGAUUGGAUAGGCUAUAUAAGCAUAUGGAGAUGCAUCUGCUUUUAUUCCCAUUGUUGACUUACUUACUUGGAGGAAAAUUCAAGAUACAAAAUGAAUUGGGUCCUCUGUUUGCUAGGUUUUUUGGCAUUGAGUCAUGCACAACCAAAAAGUUUUGUGUACGUAUCUGAAGUUGAAGAAGAUAUUCUUCCUCCUGCCCUUCGUCUGUCACGACAGAAACAGGCACAACAACGAUAUAACCCUCCUCAAAUUAAGCAUACGAUAACGCAAGGAGAAAAUCAGAAAAUUCUUCCACUUGCACCAGUUCUUCCGACAUCAGGAAAUGCUGCAAAUUCGGGAUCGACUCUGCCAAGGACAUCCAGCUCUUUUUCCAAACCGGCUUCCUCUGGAAAUAACGCGCGUUUGCCAACUAGAACAUCAUCUCCAGCGUUAAAGAAUGAUGAUCCCUCCUCCUAUUCCGGAAAUUCUUCUCCUACAAUCGGACGUUUUAACUCUCCGUACCCAUCAAAUCCAUCUGUACACAGAAAUUCUGAUAACAGUCCAUUUAAUACGCAAGAUACAUUUGGAUCUUCGCGUCCUUUUAAUGCUUCAUUAUCGAGUAAAAUAGAUAAUAAUCCAUCGUCAUUUUCAGGCAGUAAUUCCAAUAAUCCUUCAUCAUCAGGAAGAAGAUACCCUUCAAGUACAAUCUCAGGAAACAACUACCCUUCGAGGUCUUCGGGUGAUAAUUUUCUUGAUCAAACUGCACCAAAAGUUGUAGACAAUUUUGGUUCUUCUCGUGCGAAUAAUGACAAUCCUUUUACGCCUCCACGGUCUUACAGUAAAAUUCAAAUAUCAUCACCGGGAAGCGGAUUUUCUAAUAAUUUAGGAAAUGUGAACCAUACCUCUCCAAGGCAGUUGACCUCCAGAAAUGUUAAUCCUUCCAGUUAUAACACCCAGGGUUUGACACCACAGAAAGAUGGGUAUUCUAACUAUAGUCCAAGCAUUCCUAGUCAGUUAUCCUUGCAGAAAGCCUCCGUAAGCGAGGAAAACUCUCAACGCAAAAAAGGUAAAGCACUAACACCCUGCGAACUUCUCAGAGAUCAAAUUUCUUUGAAUCUUCCACUUGCCACAUUCAGGUUUGCUAACGAAAAUCAGCAAACUGGAGGCUAUACAGGUGAUGCGUCUUCAGGAGAUAGGAAUCCUUCCUUCGGUUUUAACGAUAAUCCCGGAAGAAGAGGAAGGAAUACAUCGGGAAGAGACGGAAAUAUCGGGGUAAACAGACAGACAAAUUAUUCUCCAGUUAAUUCGUUUCCUUCGGGAAGAUCCGGAAGACCACAAAGUCAAACUUACGUCCAGUUACCACACAAAAACAGCAAUGUGCCGGUUUUAGUAGGUUACCAAUAUAACAGAUCACCAGCGGAUCUUCCAAGUCAAACACAACGAAAUAAACAAAACUUUAACACGGUUCCUCCAAAUUUGAACAGAUUUAGUUUCGACAAUCCCCAGCAAAAUAGAGCAAGGUUCAGCAAUGCUGGCAACGUUGCAAGGUCUUCAAAUCCAUUGCAGAAUAGCGGACAGUCGAUAGAUUCAGAAAACACCCCGCAAAAUCAAAACAAACAAGCUUCAGUUGUUCAAAAUAAUUAUCCUAAUUCAGAUAAUGAGCAAAGAUCAAAUUAUUCACCUCAAUCUUCAAGUUCAGUCAGUCAAAGUGGAGGAAAUUCUCAAGACUUCCGCUCUGGGAACAGGAAUAAAAACGUCAAACUGCCUCGUAUUUAUUUUAAUAACGAUCAUUCAGGAAGAACGGGUUCGAACACUGGAUUAUCAAUAAACAACAGCGGUAGAUCUCGAUCUUCCUACACGUAUUAUCGCCCAACCUCUACUCCAAAUCAUCCAACGGAGCCUGUGGAGAAGGCGACAUUUGGUACAGCAUACAUCACCAUAGCACCUCUACCACUAGAUGUAGAUGGAGACGAAAUACCAGGAAGAGCUGGAGUGGAUUAUCCCACUUACCACGCCAUUCCCACUACAUCUUUCACUUGCAAUCAAGUUCCUUUCAACGGAUACUACGCCGAUAUGGAGGCGUCUUGUCAGGUAGUACAUUUUUGCCAAUCCGGAGGUGUCCAGAACAGCUUUUUAUGCCCAAAUGGUACCAUAUUUAGCCAGAAGAAGUUUUCGUGUCAGUGGUGGUAUAAGACUAACUGCACGGAAUCCCCUUUUUACUUCAGCCUCAACAGUGAUCUGUACAAAAUUCCAAGUAAAAAGUUGAAUUAAACUGUAUAAAUUUAAGAUAAUAUAUAUAUAUAUUUUUAUAAAUAUUUGUGUUACAAGUAUUCGUUAAAUACAAGUAAUUUGUCCGAAUCAAUGUUAAGUGUAUGGAGUUAAACCAGUGAUUAAAAA